UUUCAUUCUCAGUAUAGUCGACAGCUAGUACACAAAUAAAAAGAAAAAAAGCAAAAAUAUUUUUUUUUUUGACAUGGAGUUUGCUGGAAAAUUUCUUAAACCCGUUUGGCGGCCAAUGAUGCAAGCGGCUCGACUUUAUUGUGAGAAGCCAAUGCGAAGUCUAGUCGCUUUUCCUGUUGCCAAGGUGGAAAGUGGAAAAUCAAAGUACAUGAUGGCCCACGUUUAUAUCCAUGGGGAAAUGGGUAGCGCCAAGCAGGUGAUUCGUAGCCUUUCCAAGGCCAAGUACCAUCUUGAUGUAUACGAUGAGUUGAAAAAGGAGGCUGAGUCGAUGGGCUUGUGCACCCAGGGUCUUGGAGGUGGUUACUUGGUUCACGACAAGGAAAAGAAGUACAUCAAGCUGUAUGGAAGAUCACAGGCCCUGGGAAAAGCUGAUCACGAAGCUGCCCGUGAGAUAUUGCAACCCAUCUAUACCGAUCACAAGAUCGAUGCCGAAUCUGGUGGAAUGGAGCCCUAGAAGGAUGUGUACUGACCAAUAUUUCUGUUUUAAGAAACACUCACUAUUGGCUCGACAUAUUUUUUACAAAUUUUGGUCUUACGACUGUGUGCGCAUUGCUUACGUAAAUUUGAAUUAAAUUUGACUAUACGU